AUGGCCGAACAAGCCCUUGAUCAAAUCCGAGACCUCGUCGAUGGCCAAAUUGACUUUGAAGGACAGAAGCUGGCCGAGCUCCUUGCUACAGUUCUCCUUGUCAUUUCUGGCGUACGUCUUCUUCCCCUCCAAGUCAUUCCUGAUAACUCGCAGGACUGUUUGGCUGAUGAUUAUAACUAG